CACUGUCUGGACUGUUUUGUGUUCUUCUGUACAGAGAGCUGUUUGCUGGAAAGACUCCUGUUGACUCUGACUAGGAGAAGGGAAGUGUGACGAUGACAAGGGAGCUUGAGGCCAGUUGCCACAAAGGGAACACCCUGGCAGAGGAUUACCAAAUCCUGGGCACCCUAGGUAAAGGAUCCUUUGCAGAAGUCAAGGUGGCUGUCCACCUUAUGACCCAGACCAUCGUGGCCAUCAAGAUAUUGAAAAGGGACACAAAUACAGACUUCUUAGUAAGUUCUGAGAUUGACUUUGCUAAAAGUCAAUACCAUUCUAAUAUAAUUAAAAUAUUUCAAAUUAUAGAAACUAGGCAUAAAACCUACCUGGUGAUGGAAUACGCAUCCCGGGGAUCCCUGCACAAAUACAUUAGGAAGUGUAGGCAUCUGGACGAGGAAGAGGCGCGGAACAUAUUUAGAGAACUGUCUUUGGCCAUCAACUAUAUCCACAGUCAGAAUAUAGCCCACCGAGACAUCAAGGCUGAGAACAUCGUAUUGGAUUGCGAGGGGCACAUAAAACUUAUUGAUUUUGGAUUUGCCAAAAGAUUGGCCUCUGGGGAAAAGUUCAAGGGUUUUUGUGGCACACCACAAUACUGUGCUCCUGAAGUGUUUGGUGACACAGAAUAUGAUAUCCUUCCAACUGACAUAUGGAGUCUUGGCGUCGUAUUAUACUAUUUAGUUGUUGGCCACCUUCCCUUCACAGAGACAGUGCUCUCCAUGAUGAAGGAUGAAAACCUACCCUGGAGCUGUAGGAUUCCAUAUCGCCUGUCCUCAGAGCUUCAACACCUGCUGAAGAGAAUAAUGACAAUAGACCCCUCAGAGAGACCAUCCAUCAAAGAAAUAUUGGCACACCCAUGGCUGCGCCAUGAUCCAGACACACUGAUACCAUCAGAGGAAAUCCCUAGAGAACCAGAGCCCGACAUUGCUUUUGCCAUGUUUUUGUUAGGGUAUAACAUUCAAGAGCUCAGAGAUGCUUUGAGGGAGAAGAAGUACAGUCCGGCCAUGGCAACCUACUUGAUUAUUAAACAGAAGUUUACCUGUCAGCCACAGGUUUAUCAUGAUGGAGGGCAGGGUGGUACACUGGACCCUACAGAAGGUCCCAACCUUCCCUGGCCUUUAAGGAGGGUAGGCAGUGCCCCUAGCCUUCCCACCUUCACUUUGUACACUCUCUCGGAGCUGCCAGGAGAUGGAAGGAAAGGCUUGAAGAGGAGGCAUAGUGUGCCUCCCAGCCUUUCCUCCCUUAAGAGUAGCUUCCUGGAAAACGUUUCCUCACUUCAAGGGCUCAUGCCUCACAUUGGAAAGGGGACAUUCAGAAAGAAGAAGAGCAGCAUAAGUUUUACAACUCCAUCAUCAAGAAUAGGAAAGGCAGCAACAAUAACAACACUAACAACAGUAACAAGAACAACAUCAGGACCCUCUUGUUCACUGUUGACAUCCUUACAAACCCCAACCUUUGAGAACAUGCAAGAUGUGGCCAAUGAGAGCUCUGAGGCUCAGGACAUGAGCCGCAGCGUGUCAUCUUGGAGGUCUACAACCAUGAGCCCCUUCCCCAGUGUGAAGGUCCAGGAAGAGAAUAUAGGCACCGAAUCCUUACAGGACAGCAGCUCAUCCUCCUGGGAAACAGACCAUCAGGAGCAACUCCAAAGGCAGUCCCAGGGUGUGCCCAGAGUCCCACUGAGAAGGUGGGGCUGGAAGGGCCUGAAGAAGAGGAUUGCCAAAGCCUUAAGGAGCUUGUGUUGCUGCCUCCCAGUGACAAAUAACAAAAUCGUGCCAGCCAAUGAAGAGUGCUUCAGAGACACAGGCAAAACCAAGUAGGUAGUGUGUGCUGGGAAAGGAUACACUCUCUAGUUCCCUCUUCCCUUACCAUAUUCCAGCAGGCACGUUGAGGGGAUUGGUGCCAUUGGAUCUCUCAUGCCAGAGAGAAAAUCCCAUCCUGUCCUCCUCCUAUGAGGAGUUCUCUAAAUCUUGAGCUACAUGAAGACAGCAGAGGAUAGUGGCCCAAUGCUAGGCCAGGAUGCUGGAGAAGUGCUGUCGGAGGUCCUGUGGUCCCCACAGGAUGAUACCAGAGUAUGGAGAGGAGCCUGCUGAGGAUACAGACAGGGGAAGGGAGGAGAGAGCCAGGGAGCUCCACACUGGCCAUCAGCCACACAAUAGCCCAAGCCCAUUGAUCUUCACAGGGCUCAGAAGCCUUGGGAAAAGAAUCCAUGGAGAGCUGGUGAUUACUAAGAAAACUGAGAAGAAACAACCGACUUUAGAGAACCUUAAUGUACAGUGAGGUUGUGAGCCUGUAUUCAGGUAUACUUGUGAGCUGAGGAGACAGUGGCCCUGGAGGCAAAGGAAGGAACUCAGAGGACCUGACCCAUUCCAUGUGUCCAAGAGAUAUGUGUGACCAGGUCAGAGGCAGCAACAGAACUGACAGCAGGAAAGUGCAUCUGGAGUCUGAGUCCUGGGAAGCCAGGAUGGGCCUUGUUCCCCACUUUGGCCCAGAGUACACAGCCAUGUGCAAGGUGAGGCUUUCCUGUGGACUGCUGUUUGAGGAGAUCCAAGGUGACGUCAGAAGUUCUUGCCACUAGAGUCCGGAGAAAUUGCUGGCUGGGAAGGGCCAGGAGCUUCUGGAGCCCAUCAGUGAGCAUUCCAAAGCACCAAGUUCGGGAAACUGCAGAAAACAUCAGUAACAUCACUCAGCACAGAGCAAGGGUUGCAGCCAGCCUCACCUGCAGGGACCUGGGAAAGUGCCUCCUUUUUGAGCGCAGAAAACCUGGGUGGAAGAGGCACACAGGUGACGCUUCUUGGCUCAGGCCAGUGGCAUUGUGUAUCUGGGUGAAGAUCAGCUACGCGGGAUGUGGACAGGGAGCUGGGCACCACGCAGUGUCUGCAACAGAAAUGUUAUCAUGAAGAUUGACAGAACAACCUGGAAUAAACCUCUGUUUCAACAAAGGAAGUAUGAUUACUUUCUUUUCUUACCUUUUUUUUUGCACUGAAGUUAUGUAUUUUAACAGCUUUACAUGUAAUAUUCAUAUAUAAAAAAACUUUAAGUGCUUUUCUCCAAUUUAAAAAUCUAAAGACUUCAAAAAUA